AUGUAGUAACAAUAAUAGAAGGACAAGCCAAAGACUGCUGGAUCCUCACAGAACCAAGGUUCAUCAAGCUAGGCUGAUGAAAAGAAGAGGGUUCAGGAUUAAAAUAAUGAUAAGAGUACAACAUUCGUUGUAGAGGAUAAGUUUGAGUACAUAAAAUAAAUUGGUCAUGGAGCAUACGGAGUAGUAUGCUCAGCCUAUGAUCAUAAAUCUAAGACAAAAGUAGCUAUCAAGAAAGUUCCAAAAGCUUUCGAGGAUUUGAUUGAUGCUAAGAGAAUCGUAAGAGAAAUCAAACUUUUAAAGUUCUUUGAUCAUGAAAAUGUGAUUGCUCUAAUUGAUGUGUAGAAGCCUCCAGCCCCAACAGGCUAUGAGGAUAUCUAUAUCGUGACUGAUCUGAUGGAGACUGAUAUGCACAGAGUUAUCUAUUCAAGACAAGAUUUGACCGAUGAUCACAUAUAAUACUUCAUGUAUCAACUCUUGAGAGGUUGUCUAUAUAUCCACUCAGCAAAUAUUAUUCAUCGUGAUUUAAAGCCAAGCAACUUACUUCUCAAUAAGAACUGCGACUUAAAAGUUUGUGAUUUUGGUCUAGCAAGAGGUUAUGAAGAAACAACUACUACUCUUACAGAAUAUGUCGUAACCAGAUGGUACAGAGCUCCUGAAGUUAUUCUAAAUGCAUCUCAUUACUCUAAUGCGCUUGAUGUCUGGUCAAUUGGAUGUAUCUUUGCAGAGCUGCUAGGUAGAGCUCCACUGUUUCCAGGAGAUGAUUACUUAGAUUAAAUAAAGAGAACAAUCGCUGUUCUUGGAACUCCUACUAGUGAAGAUAUGACAUUUAUUGGCAAUGACCUUGCUAGAAAGUACAUUAGAAAACUUCCCAAGAGAAACAAAUAAUCUUGGUCUUCUCUUUACCCUAAGGGUAACCCUGUUGCUCUAAACUUACUGGGAAAGAUGCUAGUAUUCAAUCCAGAGAAGAGAUAUACUGUAAAGUAAUGCUUAAAGCAUCCUUACUUUGAGGGAUUACAUAAUGAAGAGGCUGAACCAGAGUGUGAAGAGCCAUUUGACUGGACAUGGGAUGACUUUGAACCAACCAAAGAGUUACUAUAACAGAUGGUUUACGAAGAGAGUAUGGAGUUCCAUCACGGAGAAGAAGAUGACGAGAUCGUAUGA